CUCAAACUUGAGGUAGCUGAUGCGUGUAUUAUGCGCUGCAGGUGGUGGGGAUCUAGGGAAUUCUAAGCGCUGUUCAUGCGCGCAUUGAGUGAAACGGAACGUUUUCUAUGUAAUUCGUGCGCAUAAUGUGCGAAACGGAACGCAACCAUAGUUCAAUGAUAAAGACAGACACAAAUAAAGGAAAAAAGCAAGAAAUAAAAUUGGAGGACUAUUGCAUCAAAUAUUUUUAACAGGAUAAAACGUUAAUAAUUGUGAGCUUUGCAUUGCACAGCAAUAGUCAGGAAAACGAUUUCGCACAAAGAUGGAAAACUCUUCAUCAAUAAACACGGGACAGGAAUACUAUUGGAAUGUUCAGCAGAAUGUAGAGUAUUAUCCAGUACCUCCAGUGCCGAAUUUUCCACCACCGAAUUACAAUCAAUCUUCAAAUUACAAUUCUUUAUAUUCUUAUAAUGUACCUUCUCCUGAUGUAUCAAAUAUUAAAUCGACAAAUUCAGUGUAUUAUUCUGAAACUCCAGUGUAUCAUAGUGAAACAGCCAAUGUUCAGAGUAAUGUUCCUUGUCAGAAUCAAGUAAAUUCACAGAACAAUUAUCAAUAUUAUGGCAGAACGGAUUUGGCACAACAAUCUGUGAAUACAAAUUUGGCACAAUCUGUAAGUACAGAUUUGACACAACAAUCUGUAAGUACAGAUUUGACACAACAAUCUGUGAGUGAGAAUUAUUAUAAUAACUGGAAUUCCACAGUUGAUUAUUACAAUAAUACAAGUAAUGAAUGGCAAUCUAAUAGUUCUUUCACAAAUUGGGAAAUGUAUCAAAAUGUACCUGUCUCAAAGUAUGAAAUCAGCAAGACGUAUGACAAUAAUAAAUUAUGCUCGACAAAGAGCUACGAAUCUUUGCAAGGAACAAAGGGGUCUGAAUCGAGAUACAAUAAGGAAUCUAGUCACACAAGUAGCAGAAAGAGAUCCAAAAGUCCAGAAAGUAGAUCAGGAAAAAGAUCUAGAUCACGAUAUAAAGAUCAUAGAUAUGAUUCAAAUGAGGAUCGCAGACAUUGCAAGUACAGAGAAAGAUCUAAUUCUAAAGAAUAUUCAUAUGACAGCAGAGAUUCUGAAAGAAGGUCUUAUAAGAGACAUAGAAGUUAUAAAUCACAUUCAGAGAAAUCAUGUGCAAGAAAUAGAAAGAGAUCAAGAUCACAGGAAUCCUGUUCAACCAGAGACAUAACACCAAUUAACAAUGCUAAACAAAAGGGUCCUACUGAGAGAGAACUACUUUUAGAGAAGUAUAGGCGUAAUUAUUGUGCAACGAGUAAGGAUAUGGAGCGAAGACUGAGUGAAUUAUCAGCAAUUGGAUCUGAAGGUAUACUUGAAAACGAAAAGAAAAUUUGGACACGUACGGCACCAGCAGAUCUCUACUAUGUCAGAAAUGAAAAUGAUUUGAAAAUAAUGAGGAGUACUUCUAAGCUGCAAGAACUGUGUGCAAUAUUUAAGCAGUUGUUAAUUGACAGAGCAACUGCAGCGAGAGCAUUACAGCCACCUUAUGAGCCGCCUCCAAGAAAAACCAGAGCACGUCUUUGUCGUCAUAAAUCUGAAGCUUGCAGCAGUUCAUCUGACAGCGACAGCUCUAUGGAUGAAGAUGAUAGAACAAUGGAAGAGUUAAUGGCAAAAAAACAGCAUCCGCAGAGAUUGCAUCCCGAAAUGUGGUUUAAUGAUCCUGGAGAAAUGAAUGAUGGUCCAUUAUGUAGAUGCAGCGCGAAAUCACGACGCUCGGGCAUAAGACAUGGGAUUUAUGCUGGAGAAGGUGUAAUAAACAAAUGCGACUUAAAUUCGAACAACGCAAACAAGCUGUAUCACUACAGAAUAACGAUCAGCCCACCAACAAAUUUUCUUACCAAAACACCGACGAUUAUCAAACACGAUGAACAUGAAUUUAUAUUUGAAGGCUUCUCAAUGCUAUCUCAUUUCCCUUUGGUCAAAUUACCUACAUGCAAGGUUAUAAGAUUUAACAUUGAAUACACGAUUCUCUACAUAGAAGAGAAGUUGCCGGAAAAUUUUACGAUAAUGGAACUUGAUUACUUUCAAAUGUAUUUAUUUAGAGAGAUUUUGGAGCUUGUUGAUUUUGACUUGUACACGGCACAGGACAAAUCCGGUUGCGGACAGUUUCAUUUUAUGCCAAGAUUUGUGCGUGAUUUGGUCGACAAUGGACAAGAGAUUUUAUCGAUGAACGAGGUUCUGAAUUAUUUGAUAAAGAGCAGCACUCUUCUGAUAGAUCCGGACGAUCUACCUAGAUUGGUGGCGAUGCCACAGCAUAAAUGGCAAGAUUUCGCGGACGAGGUGAAAGGAAUGGUUGUAACUUAUCCCGGAAAGAAACCGUGUAGCGUUCGUGUCGAUCAACUGGACAGAAACCAGCCGGACCAAGAGAAACAAGAAGACCAAUCAUCCGGCGUGAUUGCACACCCUGCGAUAGUGCACUUUGGUAUCCGGCCACCUCAACUUAGCUAUGCAGGAAACGCGGACUAUCAAAAAGCGUGGAGGGAUUAUGUCAAGUUUCGGCAUCUACUUGCGAACAUGUCGAAACCGUCCUUCGAGGAUAAGAGAAAGUUGGAAGCGAAAGAGAAUAAACUGCAAGAAUUGCGUACUCAGAGCAAAAUGAAACGCGAUGUCACGGUUGACGUUAGCUCGGAAGGAUUUUACAGAACUGGUAUUAUGUGCGACAUUGUGCAGCACGCGAUGCUGAUACCGGUGCUCGUUUGUCAUCUGAGGUUUCACAAAUCCUUAGACAAUCUGGAACGCACAUUGGGAUACGAGUUCAAAAACAGAUACCUGCUUCAGCUGGCACUCACGCAUCCCAGUUACCGCGAGAACUUUGGCACGAAUCCGGAUCACGCGCGAAAUUCUCUUACUAACUGCGGUAUAAGACAACCCGAGUAUGGUGAUCGCAGAAUUCACUAUAUGAACACACGAAAACGCGGCAUCAAUACCUUGAUAAACAUAAUGUCUAGAUUCGGCGCAAAAACAGAAACGGAGUCGUCGAUAGCGCACAACGAACGGUUAGAGUUCCUGGGCGAUGCGGUUGUCGAGUUCCUAACCUCCAUCCACCUCUUUCACAUGUUCCCAGAUUUAGAAGAGGGCGGUUUGGCCACGUACAGAGCCGCGAUUGUACAGAAUCAGCAUCUCGCUGUGCUGGCGAAAAAAUUGAAUCUGGAAGAUUAUAUGCUUUACGCUCACGGCAGCGAUCUUUGCCAUGAUUUGGAGUUGAGACACGCGAUGGCGAAUUGCUUCGAAGCAUUGAUGGGCUCAUUGUUUCUUGACGGAGGAAUAGAAGUGGCCGACAGAGUCUUCGGUGAGACGCUCUUCAAGGGUGAGGAAGAUCUCGCCAAAGUUUGGGUCAAUUAUCCGCGACAUCCUCUUCAGGAACAAGAGCCGACAGGAGAUAGACAGUGGAUCCCCAGUUUCGAAUUGCUACAGAAACUGACCAAAUUCGAAGAAUCAAUCGGCAUCGAAUUUACUCACAUCCGCCUCCUUGCCAGAGCAUUCACGGACCGUAGUAUAGGCUUUACAAAUUUGACGUUAGGAUCCAAUCAACGGUUGGAGUUUCUGGGAGAUACCGUGUUACAGCUUAUUGUUUCUGAAUACUUGUACAAGUUCUUCCCAGAGCAUCACGAGGGACACUUAUCGUUGCUGCGAAGCUCCCUGGUAAAUAACAAAACGCAGGCAGUUGUUUGCGACGAUCUAGGCAUGACUCAGUAUGCGCUUUACGGGAAUCCAAAAGCCGAGUUGAAAACGAAAGACAGAGCAGAUUUAUUAGAGGCUUUCCUCGGCGCGCUUUACGUCGAUAAGGGUUUAAAAUAUUGCCAUGUCUUUUGCGACGUGUGUUUCUUUCCGCGUUUACAAGAUUUUAUUAUGAAUCAAGAUUGGAAUGAUCCAAAGAGCAAGUUGCAACAGUGUUGCUUAACUCUGAGAACUAUGGAUGGCGGGGAACCAGAUAUACCUGUUUAUAAAGUUAUCGAGUGUAAAGGCCCGACUAAUACAAGGGUUUAUACUGUUGCUGUAUAUUUCCAAGGGAAACGGCUGGCUAAGGCUUCAGGACAUAGCAUCCAAGAAGCAGAGAUGAAUUCUGCCAAAGAAGCUUUAGAAAAAUCUCAAGACUUAUUCCCGCAAUUGGACCAUCAAAAACGUGUGAUAGCAAAAAGUAUGAAAAUGCAACAAUGGCCAAAUAAACAGAAAUCAAGAGGAAGAUCUGCAAGAUCUAAUGACAGAUCCGAUGACUCUGAUUCCAGCCAAAAUUGGAGAAGUAGUAAAGAACGUAAUUUUCCAAGAAAAAGAGAAAAAGAGUAAUUGUUUCCUAUCACUCUUAUAGUAAGUAUUAAUUUUUUUGUUCUACAUAAAAAUAUACAAAAUAAUCAAAAUAUUGAAUUAUUUUAACAAUGAGUU